CUGGAAGGUUUCACGGAUGGCCCCCAGCUUCGGAUUACACAUUGUUCAAGGUGUUGCAGCCCCCUCUUCUCUCGUUGAACACUGGUGUUGACUUAGACGUGCAACUGCACUGGUAACAUCACAGUAGCCUGCAAGUGUAAUGGGGCUAGGUGACACUCCAGAUUGGCGAAGCACCACCUCCAGCAGCCAUCGGUAGGUUUUCUUGGUUGCAAAGUCUGAUGAUGGUGUCAUCAUACCAAAUGGUUUCAUAUGCUAUUGAGGAGGCAUAUCGUGAUUUCCUCAGCUCAAAAAAGUCCACCUUCGGCAGCUCACGUCCCUGGCAGGUAUGUCUCAGACCUCUUCCAAAGAGUCGGGUCUCAACUACCUUCAUCUACUCCUGCAGGGUGACAAUGUCUAUCGGGAAGGCACAUUAGAUGCAGACUGGCCAUUCCGUUCAAAAGGUCAAGUCGUUCUUGCCCUUGAAGGGAAGUGGCUAUCAACAUGAGCUCUUGUGCAAGUAGAAAAGGGCGCAGGUGGUGCUUCUCCUGGAGGUCAGUCUUCUCAACAAAACAACAUCAUCAACAUCAACUGCACAGCUCAGAGAGACGGCACUGAAUUCAUCAUCCUCAUCCUCAUCAUCAUUCAAUUCUCGACAGGACGCAAACCGGCACAACCCCUUCGAGUAACUACAGCAUCAUUCUCUACCAUCACUCAAGAUGCAUUGUAACGCUCUACUCAUCAUCCUCAACCUACUGUUCUUGGGCCUUGCCAAUGCCGCUCCAACUCCCAAUGAGGUGCUGAAGGCCAGAGCAGACAGCAACACAGACUU